GAACAUCACGCUUCGGGGGAGAUAAAAAAUAAAAUAAAAUAAAUCCCCAAAACAAAACCGGCCUCUCUCUCUCUCUCUCUCUCUCUCUCUGUAUUCUCUCGUCAACGUGUCCAUCAUCAAAAGCCCUAAUAUCUGAAUUCGAUCUUCCUCGAUUUGAUUUUCACAGUAGAUCGCGAGGCAGACGGGCAGGCAGGGUUCUUAAACCUAACACAAUCCACCAUGUUUAACCGCUUAUUUGGAAAACCUAAGCUGGAAUCCAGUGCCCUUACUUCGUUAGACAAAUUAAACGAGACACUUGAAAUGCUCGAGAAAAAGGAGAAGGUUCUAGUUAAAAAGGCAGCGGCCGAAGUUGAAAAGGCUAAGGAAUUCACUAGAGGGAAGAACAAAAGGGCUGCAAUUCAAUGUUUGAAGAGGAAGAGGUUGUAUGAGCAGCAAAUAGAACAACUUGGAAACUUUCAAUUACGUAUUCAUGAUCAGAUGAUAAUGCUAGAAGGUGCAAAAGCUACUACUGAAACUGUAGAUGCAUUAAGAACUGGUGCAUCUGCUAUGAAGGCAAUGCAGAAAGCAACGAAUAUUGAUGAUGUGGACAAGACAAUGGAUGAGAUCAAUGAGCAGACAGAGAACAUGAAACAGAUUCAAGAAGCAUUAUCAACCCCCAUUGGUUCUGCAGCUGAUUUUGAUGAGGAUGAAUUGGAGGCAGAACUUGAAGAACUGGAAGGAGCUGAAUUGGAAGAACAGCUUCUUCAGCCAGCAACAACAGCUCCAGCAGCUCCAGUGCACGUCCCAGCUGGCAGGAAACCAGCUCCUCAAAAACGCACCGCUGAGGAAGAAGAACUUGCUGACUUGCAAGCUGAGAUGGCACUCUGAGCAGGUACCAUGUUCCAGAACAAAGAGAUUAUUUACUUUGCGUAAAUUAAGUUUGUGCGUCCAUCUUCUUCUUCAGAAGAUUGUCCAUGCUGUAUUAUGGAGUUUCUGCUGCUACUCCCACGCAUCCAGUGUGCAUCGAGGAGUGAAUAGACAAUGUAUAUAAAAGAUUGCGUAAACUGAAUCUAGUUCCCCUUAAAAUUUGUAUCCUGACGUUUGAAGCUUUUUGGUUGUGUUUGGUAUCACAUUUACUCGAUAACAUUUCUUUCUCGGCAAGGGGAUUCUUUGACAAA